AUGGCUAUUUUAAGUCGAAGUGCCGGUAGCUUUGGUUGCCCUAUACCAGAUCAUCUUGAGCAACAUGAUGUUGGCCCUAUAGUGGGAAAUCUCACCUUUUACCAAUUUAACAUGAUCGUAUCCGGCGUUUGUACUGCGAUCGUGUUAUUCCUGAUCUUGGGGCUGAUGGGACGACAUGCGAUGUGUAUGAGCAACCCUAACGAACAACUCAAAAUAAUGCGAAUCUGCAAUCUCAUCCCCUCUUAUCAAGUUCUAUCUUACAUCUCAAUCUGCUUUCCGAACUCUUACAUCUACCUACAAGGGUUCACCGAGGUGCUCCAGGGCGUGGCGCUAUACGCCUUUCUUAUGCUACUCUGCGAUUACAUGGCCCCUAUUGAUACGAGCAAAGUCAGGUUCUUUUCUUCUCUUGAGACAAAAAGGCAGUGGCAGCCGAAGAAGAAAAGGAACGGUCUUGCAUUCCUGAGUUUGACUUGGUACUCGGUGCUUCAAUAUCCAAUAAUCACCUGGAUUACCGCCGUCACCCAGGUGGUGACCCAGUCAUUACACGUCUACUGUCUCGAGAGUAACGCACCUCAUUUCGCUCAUGUAUGGAUCGAAGUGAUCACCUCGCUGUCAACCUCAGUAGCCCUCAACGCCAUCAUUCAAUUCUACAUGAACAUGAAAGGAUACAUGACAGAGCACAAGCCACUCCUCAAGCUGAUGGCUUUCAAAUUGAUCGUUGGAUUGAUCUUUAUAGAGAAGAUCCUCUUCCUCAUCCUCACCGGAACAAAAGUCCUCAGAUACCCUGCCUCAAUGACCUACAUAGACACCUUGAUGGGCCUUCCAACCAUGCUCAUCUGCCUGCAGAUGGUGCCGCUCUCCUUCCUAGUCCUCCACGCCUACCGCACAAAGCCGUACGAGAUCCCGAACUCAGUACACGGCUUGCGACCCCAAGCAUACCAGGCUCUCGAGUCUAGCGGCAACGAGGAGACUUUGUUGAGAGGCAUGCCGAAACAUUAUCAGGGCGGACCUUGGGGAUUGCGUGCCUGGACUAUUUACUUGAACCCGCUUGUGCUGUUCCAGGAUGUCCAUUCAGCUUAUCUCAUGAUACAUAAUGCGCGGGCUUUGCAGAAGGUUCAAGAGAGGGAAGAACAGGAGCAGGAGAUGACGAGAUAUGAGACGAGAUAUGACCCUGGGGAGAGGAGGUGA